UUCAGCAGCGCGUGAGUAGAGCAGGAGGUGCACCUGUACAGGAGCGGCAGGUGAGCAGGCCGGGAGUUUGGAUACAAUUUGCAGAGCCACGAGGAUUUUCAUCGGGUGUCGGUGGUAGCAGCACUAAAGGUGAAUUGCAAGCAUCUUGUCUGAAAAUGGAAUUGGAUAAUAUAAAGUCCUCGGCAGCACUCAUUUAUGACGAGUUCUUCCAAAAUGCAGACUCGCGGACGGGGAACUGGUUUCUCAUGUCCUCUCCUGUCCCCCAAACGAUCAUCAUCCUGGCGUACAUCUACUUUGUCACGUCACUGGGGCCUCGGAUAAUGGAGAACCGCAAAGCCUUUGACCUCAAAGGAAUUCUUAUAGUCUACAACUUCAGCGUGGUGGCCCUCUCACUCUACAUGUGCUACGAGUUUGUGAUGUCGGGAUGGGGAACGGGAUACUCGUUUCGCUGUGACCUGGUGGACUACUCAGAUUCACCACAGGCCAUGAGGAUGGCAGCAGUAUGCUGGCUUUACUACUUCUCAAAGUUCAUUGAGAUGUUGGACACAAUUUUCUUUGUCUUGAGGAAGAAGAACAGCCAGGUGACAUUUCUUCAUGUCUACCAUCACUCGAUCAUGCCCUUCACCUGGUGGUUUGGUGUUCGUUUUGCUCCAGGUGGUCUGGGGACAUUCCACGCCCUGCUUAACUGUGUCGUCCAUGUCAUCAUGUACUCGUACUAUGGCCUGACUGCCAUGGGCCCCAGCUACCAGAAGUACCUGUGGUGGAAGAAAUACCUCACUACUAUUCAGCUGAUCCAGUUUGUUAUGGUGACCAGCCACAUCUCCCAGUAUUUCUUCAUGAAGGACUGCCCCUACCAGUUCCCCAUCUUCAUCUACAUCAUCGGCCUGUACGGCCUGAUUUUCCUGUUCCUCUUCCUCAACUUUUGGUACCACGCCUACACCAAAGGCAAGAGGCUGCCUAAAGUACUGCAGGCUCAGACAUGGGCACACCACACCAACGGCGUCAUGAACGGAAACGCCAGUCAUGAAAAAGACGAGUGAUUCGGGACUUGGCUCAUCGGGGUGGCUCGGGGUUGACCUCAUUUACGUAAGCAAACCACUGUGGUAGUCUUGAGAUUCAACUCCAAUUUGUUUGGACUGUAUUUUUGGAUUGCUUUUCUACUCGCAACUGCGAAAGACAAUCUUUAAAUUACAACCAAAGCUAUAUUUAAGAGGUUUAUUGACCCCAAGCUGAAGGGUUUUGUUUUAUUUUUUUUGUUUACACUGAAGAUAAAGCCUAAAUUCUGCCACGGAAAUGUCCAGAUAUCACUCCUCUUUCUGCUAGAGUACAGUGAAUUUUUAAGUCUAUAAGAAAUUGACUGUUAUUCACACCAACCACAUACAGGGCUUCACCUAUGGUAAGGCUGCAGGACCCUCAGCUGUGCAGUCAUACUGGACCUCCUCAAAAAGCUUUUUUUUUUUUUUUUUUAAACCUGAGUGACUUGAUCUUACUUCUCAAGAGACUUGGGAAAUCCAGUUUAGGUUUUUUGAAGUUGGCGCACUGAAAAGUUGAGGGUUGUUUAUUUCACUAGACCUAAACUGAUGUUGACUGUUCUGAGUCAGUGUUUUUUAAAAUGGUUGUUUAGGCUACACACGUCCUGUUGAGGUCAUUGUUAAAUCGUUACAUGCAUGCAGAACAGGGUGGUUUUUGGUUGUUUUUUUUUUUUUCCUUUUUUUUUUUUUUUUACAUUUUUGAUCACAUACACAUGCCCCCUCUCUAUGGCUUGAGUCACAGCUGCUGAUGGUACAGACUUCAGUGAAAAGAGCUAUUUGUAUACAGUGGCAACAAUCUAUUCUCCUGACUUUAUAAUUCUCCUAUGAAGCGUUGAUGUGACAGAUACCAGAGAGGAACUCCGAUGGGCCACUAUGGUUCUUGUAGGAUCCAGAACAGUUUUUUACUAGUUCCUCACUGAAUUAACACUGUAUUACAGGACCGCAGUAAAAAGUUAUUCACAAUUUUAGCCAAACCAGCCAGAAAACAUGAGCAGCCUCGCUUGCCUGCUUGAGUAUUUUGCUUCGUGUGUUGAAGCUCUGUAGCUAACAAGGUCUUCAGACAGCUGGAGUCAGGCAGUGCCUUUGGGCUGAGGUCUGUGGAGUAGUUUUUAUAUAUCGUUAUGAUGAUCUUAAGUUUAAAAGUGAAAGUAACGCUCUGCUUCUUUGGUGACUAAGGACACAGGAUCAAGCUUGGUGACGGUGUAGAAGAGGCCCAUGUUAACACUAAAAGAUUUACAGAUAUGCAUUGAAAUGUAGGUCAACUUUUUUUUUUUUUUUUUUUUUCCCCCCAUUGUUCAGUUCCUUGUCAGAUCCGUUCUUAUACCAAUAGUUAAUACUGUAAGAAAUUAUGUGACCUGAAAUGUUGUUUAUAUUGUAUUUUAUAUGUAUUUAUAUAAAAAUAAAUGAUCAAUGUACAUU